UGCUUCAGUGUCGUGGUGUAGAUAGUCACGUUUCGUGCGUGGUCACUCAGCAAAGAUGCCUGAGGAAACCCAGACCCAGGACCAACCAAUGGAGGAGGAAGAGGUCGAGACUUUUGCCUUUCAGGCAGAAAUUACCCAGUUGAUGUCCUUGAUCAUCAACACAUUCUAUUCGAACAAAGAGAUUGUUCUGAGGGAGCUCAUUUCCAAUUCAUCAGAUGCUCUGGACAAGAUCCGAUACGAGAGUCUAACAGACCCUAGCAAACUAGACUCUGGGAAGGAGCUGCACAUUAAUCUCAUUCCCAACAAACAAGAUAGAAACCUCACCGUUGUGGAUACUGGAAUUGGAAUGACCAAGGCUGACUUGAUCAAUAACGUUGGUACCACUGCCAAGUCUGGCACAAAAGUCUUCAUGGAGGCUUUGCAGGCUGGUGCAGAUAUUUCUAUGAUUGGCCAGUUUGGUGUUGGUUUUUACUCUGCAUAUUUGGUUGCUGAGAAAAUGACCGUGAUCACCAAACACAAUGACGACGAGCAGUAUGCCUGGGAAUCCUCAGCUGGGGGAUCUUUCACAGUGAGGACUGACACAGGGGAGCCACUGGGUUGUGGAACAAAGGUCAUCUUACACCUGAAAGAAGGCGAAACGUACUUGGAGGAGAGGAGAAUAAAAGAGAUCGUGCAGAAACAUUCUCAGUUUAUUGGCUAUCCCAUUACUCUCUUCAUGGAGAAGGGACGUGAUAAGGAAGUCCAUGAUGAUGAAGCUGAAGAAAAAAAAGAUAAAGAGGAAGAGAAGAAAAAAGAAGAAAAGGAGUCUGACGACAAGCCUGAAACAGAAGAUGUCGGUUCCGAUGAAGAAGAGGAAGAAAAUAAGGAUGGUGACAAGAAGAAGAAGAAGAAGAAGAAAGAAAAGUACAUCGAUCAGGAAGAGCCUAUUUGGACCAGAAAUCCUGAUGACAUUACUAAUGAAGAAUAUGGAGAGUUCUACAAGAGCUUGACCAAGGAUUGGGAAGAACAUUUGGCAGUAAAGCAUUUUUCUGUUGAAGGACAAUUGGAAUUCCAGGCCUUUUUUUUUUUUUUUGUCCCAAGACGUGCUCCUUUUGAUCUGUUUGAAAACAGAAAGAAAAAGAACAACAUCAAGUUGCAUGUGCGCAGAGUUUUCAUCAUGGAUAACUGUGAAGAGUUAAUUCCUGAGUAUCUGAAUUUCAUUAGAGGAGUGGUGGAUUCUGAGGACCUUCCUCUAAAUAUCUCCCAUGAAAUGUUGCAGCAAAGCAAAAUUUUAAAAGUUAUCAGAAAGAAUUUGGUCAAGAAAUGCUUAGAACUAUUCACUGAGCUGGGAGAAGAUAAAGAGAACGACAAAAUUUAUGAGCAGUUCUCAAAAAAUAUAAAGCUUGGAAUUAAUGAAGACUCUCAAAAUCGGAAGAAGCUUUCAGAGCUGUUGUGAUACUACACAUCUGCUCCUGGAGAUGAGAUGGUUUCUCUCAAAGAUUAUUGCACCCGAAUGAAGGAAAACCAGAAGCACAUCUACUUUAUUACAGGUGUGACCAAGGACCAAGUUGCUAAUUCGGCUUUUGUGGAACGCCUCCGAAAGCAUGGCUUAGAAGUAAUCUAUAUGAUUGAUCCCAUUGAUGAAUAUUGUGUGCAACAACUAAAGGAAUUUGAAGGCAAGACCUUGUUGUCAGUUACCAAAGAAGGACUGAAGCUUCCAGAAGAUGAAGAGGAGAAAAAGAAGGAAGAAGAAAAAAAGACAAAAUUUGAAAACCUCUGCAAAAUUAUGAAAGAUAUUUUGGAGAAAAAGGUUGAAAAGGUGGUUGUAUCAAACCGAUUGGUGACAUCCCCAUGCUGUAUUGUCACAAGCACAUAUGGGUGGGCAGCAAACAUGGAAAGAAUCAUGAAAGCUCAAGCCCUCAGAGACAGCUCAACGAUGGGUUACAUGGCAGCAAAGAAAUACUUGGAGAUAAACCCUGAUCGCUCCAUUAUUGAAACCCUCCGGCAAAAGGCAGAGGCCGACAGGAUACAAUCUGUGAAGAAUCUGGUCAUCUUGCUGUACGAAACUGCACUCCUGUCUUCUGGCUUCAGUCUGGAAGACCCCUACACACAUGCUAACAGGAUCUACAGGAUGAUCAAGCUUGAUCUAGGUAUUGAUGAAGAUGAUCCUACUGUGGAUGAUACCAGUGCUGCUGUAACUGAAGAUAUGCCACCUCUGGAAGGAGAUGACGACAUUUCAUGCAUGGAAGAAGUAGACUAA